GUCACUACGACAUCAAUGAUUCCCUCAUCACGGUGUCUCCCAAGGGGAUAACGUCUUGCUUCAGGUCAAAGACCUCGUGCCCAACAAGGAUGUACAGGUUUGCUCCGGAGCCUGCGACCUGUCAGCCACAUAAACCUGCCACGGAAGCUAAGAAAACUCCUUCCAG